AGUUUGUUGCUUAUUUAUGCGUCGUUGUGAAGUGUGAUGUAACUGUUUGUUUAUUUAGAAUUUCAUUGUCUGCCAAUUCUCCGAUAAGCAUUAACAAUUUAAGCACUCCCUAUAAAGUAUCGAAAGCAAAAUGAAUGUUCCAAAGUGAAAUUAUUUCAAAGCUCGCGUUUACCAAUCUUGUCACCCUUGACAAAGAUUGCCUGGAUAGUCCUUUAAAUUCAUUCUAAAAUGAAUAUUCAAUGUGCGAUUUGUCAAGAAUCUUUGACACCUGCGGAGGAUAUCAAUAUCAUUCCUUGUGGUCAUGUAUUUCAUUUUCCAUGUCUCAACGCGUGGCUGGAUAAUUCUCUAACUUGCCCACAAUGUCGACUGAAAGUUAGAAGAGAUAAAAUUACCAAGAUUUAUUUCAAUUUUGCCAAUGUUGAAGCUGUGAAAGAAGAUUCAUAUAGCCUUCAGCAGAAGGUUGACAAUCUCUCGUUCCAAGGAAAGCUAUAUGAAGCUGAAAUUAAGAAAAACAAUGAGGAACUUGCUAAUUUGAAAAGACAAAAUACAGGCCUUAGAGAUGAAGUUAGAAGAGCUGAAAGCGAAGUUCACAGAAAAAACUCUGCUAUUUAUGCACUUAAAGAACAAACUGAAUAUUUCAAAAAUAAAUCUAUGGAUUACGAUCAAUUGAAAGAACAGAAUAAUAGGCUCUGUAAAACUUUGGAAACAUAUGAUAAUGUUCAAUUAUUAAUUACUUCAAGUGGAGAAGAAGUAGACAAAAUGUUAGGUGCAAACAAAGAUAUCACAACACUAACUACAUAUGCUGCUGUUUUGAAAAGAGAAUUAAAUGUGAAUAUGGAAAAACGAAAAGAACUUCGAGCAAUAAUAAGAAAUUUACAGUCUGAAGUGCAAGCACUGAAAAUAAAAAGAGAUAGUUUUGCUCACGAUUAUAUAAAAAAAAUUGAGGAUCUGGAAGAAGAACUUAUUAUUUGUAAAAGUGAAAGAGAAGCUCUUCAAUCAGAGAUACUUGAAUUAAAGCAAAGAGCUAAUAAUCCAUCUUCCUCUAAUGAAGAAUGUAUUGGAGAAUUCAAUUCAGUUUCAGAAAAUACUACAUCUCGUAAACGUGAUAUCGACGCCGAAGAGAACAGUGACUUAAUUCCUAAAAAAAUUAAAAAAUCUCAAGUUUUUAAAUUAUCUUCAUCACCAAAUAAAGAUGAUUCUGACAUUGUAUUUAUCGAGCCGACUAGUUAUAAAACCACAGAAAAUUCACAAGAUUCUCCAUACCUUCCAACGAAAUCGAAAGGUAUUUUGAGUAUGAAAAGCCGAACUUUGAGUGGCAAUCGUUCAUCAAAUUGGAUUCAAUCUACUGGAAAUUCAAUAAAUUUGAAAAAUGUUUCUUCUUCGAAAAUCAAGAAUACACUAGAAUUAGAUCUAACAAGAGCAUUUGAUGGAUUUGGAGGUCAUUCAAAAGUUGAAACCUUUUCUGCACCUAAAAGUUCACCAAACAAACUCAAAAGGCCAUCCAGUGAUAUAGGAAAGAGUAAAAAAUUAAAGCUAGAUUUAGAUCGUAACAACAAAAUAGAUGAUUACGUUAUCAAUUUAACAUAGGGGUUAAGUAAAUUAUUUUUGAACGACAUUUUUAUCUUUAAACAAAAUAUUUUUUGGAACAUUACACAUUAAUGCCAUUGAGAAAACGGAAAAUCAUACCAGUGGAACAUUUUCUAAUACAUUGUGUUUUCAACAUUGUAUGAUAGUGAUAUUUGUCUUGUGUUUCGUAAUAUUGUUUGUUUAUUAUAAUUGUUUCCAUCUAUAAGAAAUAGUAGCAUAAAAAUAGACCUGCACAUUUGCCUUAGAGUCAUUUGCUGACUAAUUAUAAAUUAUAAAGGUAACCACUGUAUAGCAAUUUAGCAAUCUAUAAAUUGUACUGUACAUAGUGCUGUAAAUUAGCUUUAAAAUAUGCCAUAAUAAGCAGCAAAGCUAAAGAAAUUCAGUACAGUUUUAUAGAUCUACUUUCGUAAUAUUACUUGUUUAUUAUGAUUGUUCUCAUCUAUAAGAAAUAGCAAUAUAAAACUUGAUCUGCACAUUUGCCUUAGAGAGUCAUUUGAUACAUAAAUUAUAUAAACUACGCAGACUAUUUUCACAUUAACUUACAAUUAUAUUUUUUUAAUCACAUAUAAGAAAAAUGUAUUCCUACUUAGACUGCAGGUCUUUCUGUAUUGUGGCGCUGCUUAAAAGAUUUUUCGAAGUAUUAAGUACAUAAAAAUUUUAUCUAGUUUUAAAACAUCUACCGUGUCUAGAACGUAUCAAUCAGUGUAGUCUGUAUUAAAUGAUUGCAAGUUCAAUCGCGCUCUACGAUUUCUAACGUGUUCAAAGUAAAAAUAUUUUAACUCUAUCAAAAUGAACCUUCUUGUAAUAAGUAUAUUUUAUUAAGGCUUCAUUUCGAUAAUUACCGCAUUAUAUUAUUGAGGUAAAAAAAGUGACGAGAUUCGCAGCGAAGGGAGCGUUGAAAAAAUGAGUGCAAAUUCAGAGACAAAUUGCUGACUAAUUACCUGCAGCUUGUAUUGCCAUCGGUGCGCGUGUGCUUGCUGCACGAGAUUCAAUAAAUCGAGUGAAAAAGAUGAAAAGCGCUUAAUGAGUUAUUAAUGACCAUGAAAAAUGAUUUUUCACUAUUAUCGUGGUCUCUAUCUUUGUCGCACUAUGCGUGCGAUUAACGCUUGAAUAUCGUAAACGGCGAACAAAAUGUUAUACCAAGUAUUGAAUUUCGGCGUUGACGUCGAAACGUUCGCACAAAUAUUUGUUUAUGUAUUAGUUGUUUGAUAUGUUGAUUUAUUUAUGAUUUUUGUAAUUAUUUAUUACUUUAUUUAUAGAGUGUAAAUUUUUAGUGAAACGUGUUUGUGUUUUUGAGUGAAUGUUUUUUAGAUGAUUCCCGACUUUAUUAUUACCUGUUGAUAAUGAUUACUAUUGUGUAAAAAAAAAACUAAUUUUUGUACCUUAUUGAAAAUACUCCCGUUUAUAAGUAUAUCAAUUUUGAAGAGACAAAAAAAUAAAUAA